UGUCAGUAACUAAACACCUCUCCUUCUUCUUCCUUCUUCGAUUCGAUUCCUCCUGAUGACGAUUCUCACAUCCCACUUCCGAUUCCUUUCUUCAGAUAAAACCUAAAAAGACUUGCCCUUUCAUCUUCUCCAGUAACACACUUUGCUUAUGGCGGUUCCAAUCUGAGAAACUUGGAAAUAAAGAAACCACUUUGCCCUUGAGAUGGCGGAAUUGCAGCCACUGGAUGGUCAGCAAACAAACGGCGGAGUUAAUCCUACUCCGGCGUCAACUUCAGCCGAAGCGACGGCGAUUACAGCCGCGGGAUCGAAACGAUUGAGAAGACCAAGUGUUCGAUUAGGCGAAAUCGGCGGGGACCAGUAUCAGCAGCAACAUCAUCACCACGCGGCGGCGUCGGCGGGGGCGUACGAUUCGCAGGGGAGGAGAUCGAAAUGGACACAGGCGGCGACGACGACGAGUGGUAAUAGAAAAUAUAUGAGUAAAUCGUCGAGGACGAAAGCCCUAACGAAUUUGAGUUCUGGGUAUGAGAAUAUCGGAACCCUAGAUGAUGAAAGAGAUGGAAAUGUGGAUUCUUUUGGUGUUGCGAGUUGGCGGGUCAAGAAACGGGUCGGGUCAGCGGCGGCGAAGAGGGUCCGAUCCAAUUGGGUAUCAAAAAUUGGGGAUGGGGAUGAGAAAAUUAGUGGAGGGGAAGAAUUGGAAGGUGGGUUUAGGGAUUUUAGCAGAGAAGAUUCAGAGAGUCCGAUAAAGGAAGAGUCUUUGGAUAGAGAUGGUGGUGGCUUUUACGGUAGAAGAAGGUAUGAGGGUAAGAAUAGUAGUGGAAACAGAGAAUUCGAAUCGAAUAUGGAUGGAGGAGUUGGUGGUGGAGGAAGAGAAGGUGUGAAGAUAUGGCUACAAGAGUUAGGGUUAGGGAGAUAUUGGCCUAUGUUUGAGAUACAUGAGGUUGAUGAAGAGGUUUUGCCAUUGUUGACAUUGGAAGAUCUUAAAGAUAUGGGGAUUAAUGCUGUUGGAUCCAGGAGGAAGAUGUUUCGUGCAAUUCAGAAGCUUGGUAGGGAGUUCUCAUGAGUGUGUGAGAGAGAUUUUUGAUCGUUUUUUUUUUGUUCUGUUCUUGUUUUUUUUGUUGAUGAUAGUCAGUCAUGGCAGAGUAUAAGCUUGCAAUGUCUGAAACCAUGAAAGGCUUUUUUUUUGUUUCCUCUAUAGAUCUUUCAUUCGUCUCUAUUUUUUGUUAUCUUGAUAUUUGUUGUUUGAAUGUAGCAUCAGACACAGUAGUGUUAGUAGAAGUGGGAGUGGCAAAAGUAGAGUAGAAGAAGGUUUUGAACACUUUUGAUCUCA